CCGGUCAGGAUGAGGAUAACCUUUGGCUCUCUGGUGGUCGUAGCAGGCAUCUGUGGUCUCCUCAGCUACGCUUUCCUGGCCACUUCCCUGGGAACAGAGUACUGGUACAUUAUAGGGAUGAACCCCGUGAACAUGAGCGACCUGGAGCACGUGAGCUUCCACUAUGGACUGUGGACUAUAAACGAAGGUGGGAAGAUGGACGAGGACCUUAUGGACUCUUUCAAAGCUGACGACUCCAGAUACUCUGACACUGAGCUGCUCAUGCUGAACAUGCACAGUGCUAUAGUGGUGGUGCUCACCCUCAGCCUGGUCCUCCUGCUGUUCGGAGGUAUCUGCGCGCUGGUCAGCUCCCUGGCUCGGAGUCCGGUGCUCCUCACCAGCUCGGCUUCCUACUUCUUCAUCUGCAGUCUGCUGACCCUGUGCGGCGUCAGCCUCUACAUCGUGUACUCGUACGAGGCCCUGGCGGAGAUAGAGCGGCAGGUGGGAGCCGAGGGCCUGGCCUACAUUCACACCUCCUUCGGCUGGUCUCUGGGUAUGGCCUGGCUCUCCUACAUCCUGGAGCUCCUCACCGGGGCCCUGCUGCUCGUGGCUGCACAAAUGGUCAAGGUGCAGCACAGCCGUCCCACCUGGCCUGACACACGCCUGCACAGGGGAAGCAACGCAUUCAGGACGGGCACUGAACUGUACCGAGCCGUCAGAGUAUGUUGCUGCCAUGUGGUUCUAUAG